GAGCGCUGGUCCUGGUCCUGGUCCUGGUCCUGGUCCUGGUCCUGGUCCGGGUGAUAGCAUCGUCACACAGAGGUGCGGUUAGCCAAACGUCCCCUUAAUGAGCUCCGACUAAGCGCGCCAACGAGAACUCCAGUUAAAAGUGCACCAACAGGGUCAGUGCUUAAAUAUGUGCAAGGAGGAACUCAAGGCCAGGAGGAAGAUUUAGAUGAUCAACCAUCCACCAGCUGGUCUGUGGACUCUGCAACAGCUCCCAGCCCUGACCAGCAACAGCCAUCAACUACCAGUUCAGAGCGUUACUCGGUGGGCACUAGGACCUGGAGCACCACCCUGCCACACAAGGAAUGCAGAGGGAGACCUGCGUGUGUGUGUUGGGCGGGGUUCAUGCAGUGUAAAAGAACUGAACUGGUUUUGUUGGACUCUGGCUGUGGGAGUGUCCUCCUGUCUGAGUCUCUCUGACUGUCUCUUGGCCUGUUUGUCUUCAGCUCAGUUGUCUGUGGCCUGUCUGUGUCCUCAGCACUCGUCUCAGUCUCAGUCUCAUUCCUGUGAGUCACACAGACGACAAAAUGUUCACAGUGAAUUCCUUCAUCAGAGGCAUCGUGAAUGUCGUGAGCAACAUCGACCCAGCUCAGUUUAUUCCCUCAGACCCUCCUCCCCCUCGCAGGCCGCUGAACUUCGCCGAGACUCAUGAGAGCGAGGAGGAGAAACAGUUCCGGCGGGUUUUUCAGCAGCUGGCUGGAGAUGACAUGGAGGUGAGCCCCAAAGAGCUGAGGGACAUCCUCAACAAAGUCCUCACCAAACACGGAAACCUGAAGACGGACGGUUUCUGCAUCGAGUCCUGUCGGAGCAUGGUCGCCGUCAUGGACGGUGACAGCACAGGCAAACUGGGCUUCCAUGAGUUCAAGUACCUGUGGAACAACAUCAAGAAGUGGCAGGGUGUCUAUCUGUCCCACGACAAGGAUCGCUCAGGUGUGAUCUCCUCUGGCGAGCUGCCCGACGCCUUCAAGACUGCAGGUUUCCCUCUCAAUGAGCAGCUCUACAAGCUGAUUAUCCGUCGCUAUAGCGAUGAGCACGGUGACAUGGACUUCGACAAUUUCAUUGGCUGCCUGGUGCGACUGGAUGCCAUGUGCAGAGCCUUUAAGACUCUGGACAAGGACAACAGUGGCUCCAUUGACCUGGACAUCAAGGAGUGGCUUCAGCUCACCAUGUACUCAUGAGGCGAUGGAGGGAAGCUUCCUGUCCUCCGUCCUCUCACCCCUCAGCCCCUCUCAGUCCUCCUGUGUGAAACCCCAGCGUCUCCAUGGUAACGGGACCAACACGCCAGACGACAGCAGAGCCGAACUCCAGAGACACAUCGAAACGGGACCAAAGUGGAGCCGAUGCUGCUGUUGCACUGUCCCCCUGCUGCCAGGCGGCGGCGCUGCAGUCCCCAUGUUACAGAUUUCUAUAUUUUAUGUUUCAGGAUAAACUUGGAAAGUUGUUGAUUUUUAUUAGGCUUAAAGUGUUUAUGAAAUAGACUCUGACUGUUUAAGAGAAUAAAGUGACACAGCAGACA